AUGGCCGACGACAAGGAACUCACACCCGCCGAGGAGGCUGCCGCGCGCGCCAAGGAGAAGGCCGAACAGGACGCUCUGCCCUACAAGUGGACCCAAACCAUCGGCGACCUCGACAUCACCAUCUCGGUACCGGGCAAUCUCAAGGGGCGUGACAUAGCAGUCGACAUCAAGAAGAACUCCAUCUCGGCGGGAAUCAAGGGGCAAGAACCCAUCCUCAAGGGCACCCUCCCACACGCGAUCCGCACCGACGACAGCACCUGGACGCUCUCGGCGGCGCCCGACAACACCAAGGUGAUCGAGAUCCACCUGGACAAGGUCAACAAGAUGGAGUGGUGGGCGCACGUGGUGACGACGGCGCCCAAGAUCGACGUGACCAAGAUCGUGCCCGAGAACAGCAAGCUGUCGGACCUGGACGGCGAGACGCGCAGCAUGGUGGAGAAGAUGAUGUACGACCAGCGGCAAAAGGAGAUGGGCCUGCCGACGAGCGACGAGCAAAAGAAGCUGGACAUUCUCAAGAAGUUCCAGGAGCAGCACCCCGAGAUGGACUUUAGCAAGGCGAAGAUUAGUUGAAGCGACGUCUGUUGCCUGGUUCGAACCUUGCUGCAUGUAUGUACGUUGGUUGUCGGUGAUGUGGAGUACUUGACCAAACGGCAUUGGGUCCCUUACGCGGAAAGGGGCAGCACAGCGCGAUAUGUUUACGACCGCAAUGAUACACAUGAACUCGGCUUCUAUUGUUCCUAUGGAAAAAUGUGAGGGGUGAAACGAAUCGCCAGGACCAUGGGGUAGUUUGCCAAGGGUCGAGGCGUCAGAGAGCCCAUCCGCUUUUUAUUGGAAUCGCCAGUAAUGUGAAUGCAGAUGGUGAGCUGCAAACCAUCAAUUGUCAGAUAAUUGAGCGUUCCGUUGUCAGCCACCAACUCGAUGGCACUUGG